CCAGAGGUUCACUUUAAAAAAUACAUCCCUAGUUCGUCAUGAUAUCCGCACCGUUGCCUCCGAGCAAGCGCUGCUUUACUGAUCAUCAUUCUGUUACGUGUGUGAGCAACGAACUUUUGUAAAAGCAAGUCGUGAAUUUCAAAACAUACGGACCUCCAAUAAAGGCAUAUACUCUCCUCCGUGUUCAUACGAGCUUCUUUGUUAUUAGCACUUCGAACAGAAUUUUAUUCCUCUGGAUUACAUAUUGUAAGUAGUGAUUCAUCUACUACUUGGCUCUACUCUUCAAUACAAGGUUAGUGCAUGAAAGAUCAGUAUCGACAGGAUGCAGGACCCAUCACCUACACCUACAUAUCUGGUGAUGCCCUCACAUGUCGAGACCAACCGCCCAGGUUCUGACAAUUGUGGAUCUCUAAAAAUAUCAACCACGCGUAAGCAGUACAAUCUUAGUCAAGACUCUGUGGUGGUGGAUAUCGAUAACCAUGAUAACGGUACCCUUGGUUUAGUACAUACAAAUGAGAAAGCUGUAUCAGACGGCCAUGCAGCAUUGCAAGUUCACAACGUUGAGAACAUACACAGUGACACAGACAAAUUCCAGAUGGGGACCAGUGUGGAACAGGGUGCCAAUGACAGUGGAGCAUAUAACGGCACAGGGCGGCAGAGAGAUCAAGGGAGCAGUAAACCAGCCAGAAAGCAGUGGACACUGGAGCAGCAGAUGCAGCAAGACGCCCGAGUCGUCACCCAGGCCGUUUACACCGAGGAUGGCACACGUCUCUUUGGCUUAGAUGCUGAACUGGAAGUGAAGAUGAGAGAAACGCACGACCCCAAUAUGGAGAACAAUAUCAUACGCUGGUUGGAAAAAAUGACCGAGAUCAAGAUUGUUGAAGACAGCACCAUCAGCACAGAGGGGUGGCGCAGUGGUCUUGAAGACGGCGUGCUACUGUGCACUUUAGUGAACAUCAUCAGACCCGACACAAUAUCUGCCAUCAACGAACCGACAUCCAAACUUGCAAAAUUAGAGAACCUCCGGUCCUUCCAGGCUGGUUGCAAACAACUGAAUGUGCCAUCCGAUGCGAAAAUACACGUGAGCGACCUUCACAAGGGGAAGAAUCUCAGGGACGUUCUGCAUGCGCUUGAAAACUUUGCCAAAUUUUGUGAUAGUAGUGAUGAAAUUGAAGUUGAACGAUUCCAGGUUUUGAAUAGAGGAAGUACUGUGACAAAGAGCAAGAGGUGGCAGUCCGUACAAACCAAGCCGAAAAUAGGACACAUCUCUGCCAUGGGUCUUGAGGAGCAAUUGCCCGUCAACCACGGGUCCUUCAAGCGCAACAACGGCCGAGUGGUGUACGGGAUGGAUGCUGAGCAGUGCGAGAAAGAGGUCGAAAGACGAAUUCAAAACAAAGACGAGGAGAAGAAGCUGUGGGUGUGGAUUGAAGGAGUCGUGAAGUGUAAACUAGAGUCUGACGAUCCCAUGGAUGAUAUUCGGAGUGGCAUCAUAAUGUGUCAGCUGGCGAAUACGAUCUGGCCUGGAUCUUGCACCAAGUACAGUCUGGGACCCAAUCCACUGUCGAGGAUGGAUAACCUUAAUAUAUAUCUCAAGGCAUGCGUGGACAACGGAGUUGACAAGGGCAUCUGCUUCACUCCGUCUGAUAUUGAAGAGAGCCGAUACAAUGGCGUUCUUUCGCACAUUCUGCAGAUCUCACGAGUGGCUGCCCUAACCCCAGGUUUUAAAGGACCAUACCUGGAGCCUGCGCACGAAGAAUUAGCGAAACAGGCCAAAACCAAAGCCAUGGCAGCCAAUCGUGGUUUUUUUAGCGGGUUUAUCGGCUUCUGUUUCAGUGCGGUGACGCUCUGCACUAAGUUUGUGGGGUAUGUGGUGAUCUCCCCAGUUUACGUUCCAUAUAGAAUUGUGUCCUGGGCCAUCGGCAAGUUGCGCGGCUCCCAAAAGGUUGAAGCUCGUAGUAGUCGCACACCAUUAAUUCCGAAGAAAGCUGUUCUGGACCAGCACUCUCAACGAGCCUCAUACGGUGCAUCCAACUACGAAAGAGACGAGACUGGCCGCUGGCGCGCGAAGUCUCCGGGCCGUCCAUAGUUAUUGUUUGUGAAAACCCCCACAGAAGUCAUUCCGAGACACAUUCACCGGCCCAAGUUGCUUUUGAUCUGUGUACUGUGUAAAUAUGCUGGCCAUACUUGCGAAAACGAUAUCGCUCCCACAGAAAAAAAACAUCAAAUAAACAUGCAAUCCGUAGCCCUGCUGCAUUCUACAUGUACACCAAAC